GACCUUGCCCGCCCCGGAAGUGCAAACUGUGUGGUCUGGCAGGUGUGGAUUCCGCCGGUGAAGGCUGAAGGCAGCUACCUUAGAGAUGCCGGGAUCAGCAGCGAAGGGCUCGGAGUUGUCAGAGAGGAUCGAGAGCUUCGUGGAGACCCUGAAGCGGGGUGGUGGGCCGCGCAGCUCCGAGGAAAUGGCUCGGGAGACCCUGGGGCUGCUACGCCAGAUCAUCACGGACCACCGCUGGAGCAACGCGGGGGAGCUGAUGGAGCUGAUCCGCAGAGAGGGCAGGAGGAUGACGGCCGCUCAGCCCUCCGAGACCACCGUGGGCAACAUGGUGCGGAGAGUGCUCAAGAUUAUCCGGGAGGAGUAUGGCAGACUCCAUGGACGCAGCGACGAGAGUGAUCAGCAGGAGUCCCUGCACAAACUGUUGACGUCCGGAGGCCUGAACGAGGAUUUCAGCUUCCAUUAUGCCCAACUCCACUCCAACAUCAUUGAGGCGAUUAAUGAGCUGCUAGUGGAGCUGGAAGGGACAACGGAGAACAUUGCAGCCCAGGCUCUGGAGCACAUUCACUCCAAUGAGGUGAUCAUGACCAUUGGCUUCUCCCGAACAGUAGAGGCCUUCCUCCAAGAGGCUGCCCGAAAGAGGAAAUUCCAUGUCAUUGUAGCAGAGUGCGCUCCUUUCUGCCAGGGUCAUGAAAUGGCUGUGAAUUUGUCCAAAGCAGGUAUUGAGACAACUGUCAUGACUGAUGCUGCCAUUUUUGCUGUUAUGUCAAGAGUCAACAAGGUAAUCAUUGGCACGAAGACCAUCCUGGCCAAUGGUGCCCUGAGAGCUGUGACAGGAACUCACACUCUGGCACUGGCAGCAAAACACCAUUCCACCCCACUCAUCGUCUGUGCACCUAUGUUCAAACUUUCCCCACAGUUCCCCAAUGAAGAAGACUCAUUUCAUAAGUUUGUGGCUCCUGAAGAAGUCCUGCCAUUCACAGAAGUCUGGGCAGAGGGCAGGAGAGGCACAAUUCUUGGAACUUGAAGAAGGAACAGAAAUUCCUAAUUUAGCCUCAGAAGAGACGUCUCAGAAAAAUACUCUACCAGGAAAAACUGAAGUGUAAAACGAUACCUCAAAGAAAUCAAUGCUGGUACCCAUAGGAUCAUAUGUUUCAUGGAUGUGCUUCAAAACUAUUUCUCAAAGCAAUCUGUUGCAUCAGUCUUUGGGCUAAGAAAGGCUGCCAGUCACAGUCCCAUCAUGGAAUGACUGGCAUACUCUGUAAUGAUCUGUGAUAAUACAACUACAUCAGAACGGCUCUGCCAUAUAGAUAGCACCAGAUGGUAAUGUGAUUAUUGUAAAGGCCUCAUACUAUCCACCUGUCCUUGCAAAAACUCCCUUAGCAGACAUGCACCUAGUUGACACGAAAGGACAAUUUUGAAAUGUGAUUUGGAAGUGUUUUAUAUCUGGCCUACUUUGCUUUGAAUUAUUCUUUCAUUUGCCAAAGAGCUCUUGCAAGGUACUGCACAAUGGCUAGGCAACUAUUAUUAUUAACGGUAAAAACUGCAAUUACUUUUGCACCAACUUAAUAAUAAAGAGCUAAAGUCUAAGCUUCCAGUUUCCUGGCAUCCCUCACACGAUGGAGGGCAGCGCUUGAGUCUAAUCAUGCUUGAGAUGGUGAUUGCCUGAUAUGUAUAUUAAAUUCUAUGCUGAAGAGAUGGAUCCUUUCAAUAGUGUUUUUUUCAAGCAUGUUACAUUUAGAAUUAAGACCUGCCUAGAAAAUAAGCUACUUAGUGCUGAAGAAACAAAAAUUUGACAAGAUUCCUAAGUCAUCAUUUAUAUGUAAUAUUCUUCCUACAACACUGGGGUUGGAAAGAUAACAAAUACAUGAAAAUAAAAUUCUGCAGUUAACUAAUGUGAAAAAGGGGUAAUGCAAUGUUGAAUAAUGAGAAACUGCUAACUGCGGUAGCUAACUCCAAGCCACUUUUUUUUGGACUGCUUGGCCCAUCAUGGGGCACUCCUUACUUUGGAAGUAGAUAAGAGCAAGUUGUAAGGCCAGAGUCAGGCAAGACUGGCCAAAUCCCACUUCUGCGGGCUGCUGCUCAAGUCAUGCUGGCCUGAUAGAUUCCCACAUGCAGCACACUGCGAUUCCCACACACUUGGAUCCGGUUGCCUGGACUAGAUCCGAUGCUUCUGGGUAAGACUGAGUGCUCUGUAACUAAUGGGCCUGCGGUGAAAAUGAUCCAAGGGUUGGAAACAUCCUAAACCAUGUGAUAACCUGUUUUUUUCCCUUUAUAUCCUGCACAAGUUCUGAUACAAUACAUUCAGAAGGGAACUCACUGAAGAUUUGCUGAAUGAUGAAGAGAGAGAUAGAAGGAAGAAGGAAGGAAGGGUUUAUUUGGUCCAGAUUCUUCAGCAUUUUGUUUUCCCAGACUUCCUUCUUUUCCCCUCUUCUGGACCCACCUUUUUGCCAUUUCACCGUUGACGCGCAGCUUCAGCUUAGAGGGUAAAGACAGACGGGCAUGAUCGUGAGUGGCCAGCAUACUGGCCGGUUCUCUCUGUUAGCAGACUUUUGCAAAGGGUUUGGAUGGAAUGGGUGGCUCUUCAGGUGGAAAACAAGUAGUGGGGGUCAGGUUCUGGGUGCCUGAAACUGCUCUUCCUUCACUCCACUGUGCCAUGACUGGCUCCCACCCGAAGCUUCAGCUGAGCUGGCUUGUCAGGGCUUGCUAGGAACUGCUGAGCUGCAUCUGUUCUCACUUGGCAUGGCUCCUCAGCCCCUCCACAUCUCAAGAAUGUGGCCUUGGGCCCCCUCCUGCUCUGACCGUUUUGCUUGCCUGGGUUUUUUCACUGUCUGCCGUGCCCAGAUCCCAGCUGUUCAUUUGUACCUGACCUCUGACUACUGCUAGAACCCCUCCAUUCUUACAUCUCAUGUAGUUCCAGGUCCCCAGCCAGAUUCUGGAUGUUACCCAAGCCCCCUCCCCAUUCUCCAGCUUCAUUCUAGCCUACACUUUAUGUUUUGCCUUAAGCUUUUCCGAUACUAGCUCCCAUUGCCAUCUCUAGUAUUAAUUCUGAUAGUGGGACUGUUAGCUCCUCUUCUUUCAAUAAUAAAAGGCUAGCUGUCACUA